CACUCUGCAGGAUACCAGACAAAGCUUUCACAAGUUAGUAGAAUCACCUCUAGUCGACACGCUACAUCUAACAGGUCUUGAGGCUCGAUCACCAUGACUGGACAACAAUCAAAAGCCGACAUUAUCGAAGAGCGCAAGGCCAACCUUCCUCUUCCCGAACAACCACCGGUUGCCUCCGACUUCAACUCCUCAGAUGCUCGCACUGUCAAUGUGGGUUCUGGUGGCAUCUCUGCUGACUCCUCUGAAUCUGGUCUGCGCAACCCAGCUACCGCAGACAGUUCAGUGAGGACUGAUGGUGGCGACACCAAGACGAACACAGCUGGUCUCCAUGCCGGACGCGUGCCUGGAGGUCUCCCUUCAGAUGCCCUCGCUGGCAAAGCGAAAGACUCGAGCAAGGCGACGGAGACGAGGGGUGAGGACUAUGGAUAUCCAAGCAAGAGUGAUCCUGCACACAAGUGAAAUGUGGAUUCAAUACUGAAGGAUGCUGAGGCUGUGAACACUUGACUACCUGCAUGUAUCAUACAGUGCUAUCUAAUCGGAUCGAUCAAUGUUAACUUCAGAACUGGGCAUAACGAUCUAUAUCUAUAGCAUGACCCGUCUACAGCUUGAUUUCGAAGCCGUGAGAUGCUAUCACUCGACACGGGUCAAG